CACACCAAUCAUGUUAGCUGCUUUGCUUCCUCCCGCGACAGUCGGAGGCCCAUCGCUGCACUCUGAAGCCGGCUUCCUGCGCCCCUACCGGGUGAAGCCGCUGCUGGGGUGGAGGGGUCCGCGGGCCCGGGCCGGAGGCGCAGACUCAUGAAAUGGCCACAGAUGAUAAGACUUCCCCCACAUUGGACUCCGCCAAUGAUUUGCCUCGGUCUCCUACUAGUCCCUCUCACCUCACUCACUUUAAACCUCUGACUCCUGACCAGGAUGAACCUCCUUUUAAAUCAGCAUAUAGUUCUUUUGUAAAUCUCUUUCGGUUUAACAAAGAGAGAGCAGAAGGCGGCCAGGGAGAACAGCAGUCUCUAGGUGGGACCUGGACCAGCCCUCAGCUGCCUUCGAGGGCGCAGUCUGUGAGGUCACCUACACCUUAUAAAAAGCAGCCAAAUGAGGAACUGCAGCGGCGAUCUUCAACAGUAUUAGCAGAGAACAGUUUGCAACAUCCCCAGGAGAACACAGAAACAAGAAGGAAAGCAGAACCUACCUUUGGAGGUCAUGACCCUCGUACAGCCGUUCAGCUUCGAAGCCUCAGCACUGUAUUAAAACGCCUCAAGGAGAUCAUGGAAGGGAAAAGCCAGGACAGCGACCUGAAGCAGUACUGGAUGCCAGACAGCCAGUGCAAGGAGUGCUACGACUGCAGCGAGAAAUUCACGACCUUCAGGCGCAGACACCAUUGCCGCCUGUGUGGGCAGAUUUUCUGCAGUCGUUGCUGUAAUCAAGAAAUCCCGGGAAAAUUUAUGGGCUAUACAGGGGACCUCCGAGCUUGCACGUACUGUAGAAAAAUAGCCUUAAGUUAUGCCCAUUCCACAGACAGUAAUUCCAUUGGGGAAGACUUGAAUGCUCUUUCAGAUUCUGCUUCCUCUGUGUCUAUACUUGAUCCGAGUGAACCCCGAACACCUGUUGGGAGUAGAAAAGCCAGUCGCAACAUAUUUCUAGAGGAUGAUUUUGCCUGGCAAAGUUUGAUUCAUUCAGACUCCUCAAAUACUGCUCUUUCAACAAGACUGGUAUCUGUUCAAGAGGAUGCUGGGAAAUCUCCUGCUCGAAAUAGGUCAGCCAGCAUUACCAACCUGUCACUGGACCGAUCUGGGUCUCCCAUGGUGCCGUCGUACGAGACGUCUGUCAGUCCCCAGGCCAGCCGGACGUACGUUAGGACAGAGACCACGGAGGACGAGCGCAAAAUUCUUCUGGACAGUGCUCAGUUAAAGGACCUGUGGAAAAAAAUCUGCCAUCACAGCAGUGGAAUGGAGUUUCAGGAUCACCGCUACUGGCUGAGGACACAUCCCAACUGCAUUGUAGGGAAGGAAUUAGUCAACUGGUUGAUCCGAAAUGGACACAUUGCUACAAGGGCACAGGCUAUUGCGAUCGGACAGGCGAUGGUCGACGGGCGUUGGCUGGAUUGUGUCAGCCACCAUGAUCAGCUGUUCAGGGACGAGUACGCCCUGUACAGACCGCUGCAGAGCACGGAGUUUUCCGAGACCCCUUCUCCAGACAGUGACUCAGUGAACUCGGUGGAAGGACACUCGGAGCCAUCCUGGUUUAAAGACAUAAAGUUUGAUGACAGCGACACAGAGCAGAUAGCUGAAGAAGGUGACGAUAAUUUGACUAAUUCUGCCAGUCCUAGCAAGCGCACAUCAGUCAGCAGUUUCCAGUCCACAGUGGACAGUGACUCAGCCGCUUCUAUCAGCCUGAACGUGGAGCUGGACAACGUGAACUUCCAUAUCAAGAAGCCCUCCAAGUACCCACAUGUGCCCCCUCACCCUGCUGACCAAAAAGAGUAUCUGAUUUCCGACAAUGGAGGACAACAGCUCUCAAUAAGUGAUGCUUUCAUCAAAGAGUCCUUAUUUAAUCGUCGUGUUGAGGAAAAAUCCAAAGAGCUGCCUUUCACCCCUUUGGGCUGGCAUCACAACAACCUGGAGCUGCUGCGGGAGGAGAAUGGAGAGAAGCAGGCCAUGGAGAGGUUGCUCUCAGCUAAUCAUAACCACAUGAUGGCACUACUCCAGCAGCUGCUCCAUAAUGAGUCAUUGUCACCAUCGUGGAGGGACAUCAUCGUAUCCCUGGUCUGCCAGGUCGUUCAGACAGUCCGACCUGACGUGAAGAACCGUGACGAUGACAUGGAUAUCCGUCAGUUUGUCCACAUCAAAAAAAUCCCAGGUGGAAAGAAGUUUGAUUCUGUGGUUGUCAAUGGAUUUGUUUGUACCAAGAAUAUUGCACAUAAAAAGAUGAAUUCUUGUAUUAAAAACCCCAAAAUUCUUCUGUUGAAGUGUUCCAUUGAGUAUCUCUACAGAGAAGAAACUAAAUUUACUUGCAUUGAUCCUAUUGUGCUGCAGGAAAGAGAAUUCUUGAAGAAUUAUGUUCAGCGAAUAGUUGAUGUCCGACCCACAUUGGUUCUUGUAGAGAAAACGGUGUCUCGGAUUGCCCAGGAUAUGUUACUGGAACAUGGCAUUACUUUGGUCAUUAAUGUAAAAUCACAAGUUUUAGAACGAAUCAGUCGAAUGACCCAAGGUGAUCUAGUGAUGUCGAUGGACCAGCUGCUCACGAAACCCCACCUGGGCACCUGUCACAAAUUUUAUAUGCAGAUGUUUCAGUUGCCUAAUGAGCAAACCAAAACGCUGAUGUUUUUUGAAGGCUGCGCGCAGCACCUGGGCUGUACGAUCAAGCUUAGAGGCGGCUCGGACUAUGAGUUGGCUCGAGUGAAGGAGAUCCUGAUAUUUAUGAUCUGUGUUGCCUAUCACUCUCAGUUGGAGAUCUCCUUCCUCAUGGAUGAGUUUGCCAUGCCUCCCACGUUAACACAAAACCCCUCCUUUCAUUCCCUGAUUGAGGGGCAGGAGGAGGACGAAGGGGCUGCACAAGAGCCGUUCAGUGGGAGUCCCCUCCCCAAGGAGCCCGACUUCCCUCAGGAGUUUCUGCCCUCCGAGGACAGCAGUGUGCUGGAGUCAAGGCUCGUGUUGGAGAAGGGCGACCAGGAAAAUAAAAGUGCUCCUCAGGACGUUGCCCCUGUGACGCAUCAGGAGUACGCCCCCGCAGCUUGCCCGACAGAUAUCCCCUGUGCCGUCUUUGCAUCGGUACCGGACUCACUGCUGCCGCUGCACGGGGACGACCAGCAGGGUGCCCUAGGCAUCGAGCAGCCUGAGACCUUGCCGCAGACAGACGAGCUGCAGGACCCCAAAGGCCAGAUGAGAGCCUUUCGAGACCCUCUGCAGGAUGACACUGGACUCUAUGUCACUGAGGAAGUCACCUCUUCAGAAGAUAAACGGAAGACGUACUCUUCAGCCUUUAAACAGGAAUUAAAAGACGUGAUCCUCUGUAUCUCCCCGGUAAUCACGUUCCGGGAGCCCUUCCUUUUAACUGAAAAGGGGAUGAGAUGCUCCACCCGAGAUUAUUUUGCAGAGCAGGUCUACUGGUCUCCUCUCCUCAAUAAAGAGUUCAAGGAGAUGGAGAGCAGGCGGAAGAAACAGCUGCUCAGGGACCUCUCCGGCCUUCAGGGCAUGAAUGGAAGUGUUCAGGCCAAGUCCAUUCCGGUCUUGCCCUCGCACGAGCUCGUGAGCACUAGGAUUGCCGAGCAUCUGGGAGACAGCCAGAGCUUGGGUAGAAUGCUGGCCGAUUAUCGGGCCAGAGGAGGAAGAAUUCAAAAGAAUUCGGACCCUUUUGCUUAUUCAAAGGAUGCGCCAGGUACUUCAAGUGGCAAAUCAGGAAGCAAAAGCGAGGGUGAUGAAGAGAAAGGCUUGAUUCCGAGUGAUGCCAUGUGGUCCUCGAAGGUGGACUGCCUGAGCCCUGCCAACCACCAGAGGCUGUGUGUGCUCUUCAGCAGCUCCUCCGCCCAGUCCAGCAACGCUCCCAGCGCCUGCGUCAGUCCUUGGAUUGUAACAAUGGAAUUCUAUGGGAAGAAUGAUCUUACAUUAGGAAUAUUUUUAGAGAGAUACUGUUUCAGGCCUUCUUAUCAGUGCCCUAGCAUGUUCUGUGAUACCCCCAUGGUUCAUCAUAUUCGGCGCUUCGUCCAUGGCCAAGGCUGUGUGCAGAUAAUCCUGAAGGAGUUGGAUUCUCCAGUACCUGGAUAUCAACAUACAAUUCUCACCUAUUCCUGGUGCAGAAUCUGCAAACAGGUAACACCAGUUGUUGCUCUUUCCAAUGAGUCCUGGUCCAUGUCGUUUGCAAAAUACCUUGAACUCAGGUUUUAUGGGCACCAGUACACGCGUAGAGCCAAUGCUGAGCCCUGCGGUCACUCCAUCCACCAUGACUACCACCAGUAUUUCUCCUAUAACCAGAUGGUGGCAUCUUUCAGUUAUUCUCCCAUUAGGCUCCUUGAAGUGUGUGUUCCACUCCCCAAGGUGUUCAUCAAACGUCAGGCCCCAUUAAAAGUGUCCCUUCUUCAGGAUUUGAAGGACUUUUUUCAAAAAGUUUCACAGGUAUAUCUCGCUAUUGAUGAAAGACUCGCAUCUUUUAAAACUGAUACAUUCAGCAAAACAAGAGAGGAAAAAAUGGAAGAUAUCUUUGCACAAAAGGAGAUGGAAGAAGGCGAGUUCAAGAACUGGAUUGAGAAGAUGCAGGCACGGCUCCUGUCUUCCUCGGUGGACACCCCUCUGCAGCUGCAGUCUGUCUUCGAGUCGCUCAUUGCCAAGAAGCAGAGCCUCUGUGAGGUGCUGCAGGCCUGGAACAGCAGGUUGCAGGAACUUUUCCAGCAGGAAAAGGGUAGAAAGCGGCCUUCAGUUCCUCCAAGUCCUGGAAGACUGAGACAAGGGGAAGAAAACAAGAUAAGUGCAGUGGACGCCCCGCCACGGAACGUCUCUCCGGGGCUUCAAAACGGAGAAAAAGAGGACCGCUUCCUAACGACCCUGUCCAGCCAGGGCUCCACCAGCUCUGCCCACCUCCAGCUGCCCACUCCGCCUGAGGCCCUGCCUGAGCAGUCGGCGGGGGGCGCCCUGGAACCGGACACAGCCAGCAUUUCCGAAGAUGUGUUUGAUGGACAUUUGCUGGGAUCCACAGACAGCCAGGUGAAGGAAAAAUCAACCAUGAAAGCCAUCUUUGCAAAUCUGCUUCCAGGAAACAGCUAUAACCCCAUUCCGUUUCCUUUCGAUCCAGACAAACACUACUUGAUGUAUGAACACGAACGGGUGCCCAUUGCCGUCUGUGAGAAGGAACCCAGCUCCAUCAUCGCUUUUGCUCUCAGUUGUAAAGAAUACCGAAACGCCCUGGAGGAAUUGUCCAAAGCGACCCCGCGGAGCAGUGCGGAAGAAGGGCUGUUAGUGAACAGUACGGCAGACAGCAGGCCGAAGAGCAGCAGCCCCGUGAGGUUGCCCGAGAGCAGCGGGGGCUGUCCGAACCGUGCCGCCGAAGCGGAGCCGCAGCCAACCAAAAAGGCUUCUGGAAUGUUGUCCUUCUUCCGAGGGACAGCAGGGAAAAGCCCGGACCUCUCUUCCCAGAAGAGAGAGACCUUACGUGGAGCAGACAGUGCUUACUACCAGGUUGGCCAGACGGGCAAGGAGGGGCCGGAGAGUCAAGGCACUGAACCUCCAGAUGAAGUAGAUGGAGGAGAUACACAAAAGAAACAACUCACAAAUCCUCAUGUGGAGCUUCAAUUUUCCGAUGCUAAUGCCAAGUUUUAUUGCCGGCUCUACUAUGCGGGAGAGUUUCACAAGAUGCGGGAGGUGAUCUUGGGCAGCAGCGAGGAAGACUUCAUUCGGUCCCUUUCCCACUCGUCGCCCUGGCAGGCCCGCGGGGGCAAGUCGGGGGCCGCCUUCUAUGCGACGGAAGAUGACAGGUUCAUUUUGAAGCAGAUGCCUCGCCUGGAAGUCCAGUCAUUCCUCGACUUUGCCCCACACUACUUCAGUUACAUUACAAAUGCCGUUCAACAAAAGAGGCCGACUGCAUUAGCCAAAAUUCUUGGCGUUUACAGAAUUGGUUACAAGAACUCCCAGAACAACACUGAGAAGAAGUUGGACCUCCUUGUCAUGGAGAAUCUUUUCUAUGGGAGAAAGAUGGCACAGGUUUUUGAUUUGAAGGGUUCACUUAGGAAUAGAAAUGUAAAGACCGAUACUGGGAAAGAGAGUUGUGAUGUAGUCCUGCUGGAUGAGAAUCUUCUAAAGAUGGUUCGAGACAACCCGCUGUAUAUCCGCUCCCACUCCAAGGCUGUGCUGAGAGCCUCCAUCCGCAGCGACGCGCACUUCCUUUCCAGCCACCUCAUUAUAGACUACUCUUUGCUGGUCGGGCGAGACGACACCAGCAACGAGCUGGUUGUUGGAAUUAUAGAUUAUAUUCGAACAUUUACGUGGGACAAAAAGCUUGAGAUGGUUGUGAAAUCAACAGGAAUUUUAGGAGGACAAGGUAAAAUGCCAACUGUGGUCUCUCCGGAGCUGUACAGGAGUCGAUUUUGUGAAGCGAUGGACAAGUACUUCCUGAUGGUACCGGACCACUGGACUGGUUUAGGUCUGAACUGCUGAAAUGAAGUGCUGCUCGUUUCGAAAUGGACCAUGAAGCAAAGGGGGCUGGAGAGAAGGGCCAAAAAUAAGCUAUGUUUUCUUUCUUUGUCCCAUUCACCACUGUUGGCCCAAGCCUUUCCGUUCUCCUUUUGGGCAGGCCGGCCAUCUGUGACUGGAGGGUGGAAGUUCUGUGGAUUUGCAUUGUGGAUUGUGACACCUGCAAAUUGGCUGUCCCUAGUUUGGAAAGUUGCAUGAACAUCUUUUCACAUAAGCAGAAACGCAGACACAUUUCAAAGGGCGAAGGACAAAUGUGGGAUUGGAGAUGAGGAGACAGGGUGAAAACGGGUUGUCGUGCUCGCUGACAGUCCUGCGAAGGAAACCGUCUCAUCGGUCUGACUCUCUUGGCAUCACGUUUGACGCAUUCUUCACUUAGAGCGCGUUUGUAGAGCUGCUGAUUUCCGUUUCCUUCUUACGUAACAAUUUAAUGUUGCCUAUCAUCAGAAUUUCCGAAACCUUUGAAAAGUUCUGAAUCAUUCUAUUAACAGCCAGUUAAACAGAUCGACCCAGUCUGUUCUUGGUUUACAGAGGAAUUUGCCAUGUGCCGAGUCUGGCCCUGUUUUCCAGGGUGUUGGAUGGUUUCCAGGUUUUGCCUUGACCUCUCCGCAGGUGACAGGAGGCCACUGCCAUUAACGUUAAGCCUUAUUUUCUAGGGUGAUUUUUAAACUUGUUUACAACUUUUGUGUGGUUAGUAUGCUAAGUAGCACUUAUCUGCACAUGCCCUUUAUCUAGGUUUUUUCCCCCUGAUUUUCAGGGGCAACAUUAGUAAAUUAGUCUACAGUGACUAAAUCCCCAAAGGGAGAAUGAUUAAUGAAGGGGUUUCUUUUUAAAUGUGAAAAAUGAAUUAAGCCCAAUCCAAGACAUUGGGUGAACGAGAAGCACUUGAUCGUUUUUUUUUGUCCAGAGGCAGAGGGUCUUUUCAGUGUAACUAGCAGUUUAAGUGACAUCUCUAAGAUUAAGACAUUUUUAGGGUAGACAUCCGUGUCUGCUAACUCUCUGUACCAGUUUCUAGGCCAGUUCUGACUCUUGAGAAAUGUUGGGAGGUAACAUAUUCUUAAUAAGGAAUUUCUUGUUUAGUAGAGAGGUUGUUUUUAAAAUGUGAUAAGAAGUUCUAAAUGUAAAAACAUAACCCUGAAUAUUUCCUCUGAGCUUCUUUGCAUAAUAAGGAAAAUUUGGGGAGAGUUCUACUCUUUUUUUAGGCUUUGUAUAAGAAGGAAAAGGAAUCUGGAUGCAUUCCAGCUACAGAGACUAUAAGGCGUGAAACGGGAACAUUUGGGAAGUUCGCUUUAGAGAAUGAAAAGUGUUUGUUUGGUGUUUGGUGCUUCCUAGAAACGUGACUCGUUUGGAAUCCGGAACAGGCUGACCGAGGACUUACCACUAAUCUAAUGAUAAGCACUGAAAAACAACCCCACGUGGGCUGUGCCUUUUGAAAACGUCCAGAGCGCUGGUGAUUUCAGUUUUGAUAUCAAAGGCUAGCGAAGACGUUGGUUGUCCAGGAGUGAAACGUAGCAGAACAUUAACUUCCGUGUCCCAGAACCGUGGGUUUUGCAUCUCAUUUUGAAUGCAAACACUGUUAGACUCUGUUCAUUUUUUCUGUCAGGAUACUUUGGGUUAUUUCCGGUCCAUUUCCUGCACCUGCCCCCCCCCCCCCCCCCCCCCCCCCCCGUCCCCCAUGAACACUCCCUGUAGCAGGUGCUGCCCCCAGCUGUAAUCAGGUGUCUCUUUGUUUUAGUCUCAGUACCCUGUGAGUACCUUGGCUCCUCCACUGGAAUAGCUCCUGACGAUAAUUAUGUGUCUUGCCAAUCUUGUUUUCCUUGCCCAUGACCUGAAGAACUAUUUGUUUAAAGUACUUCUGCCUCUUAGAUACUUCUGAGGCUAAAAAAAAAAAA